AUAACAAUAAUACAUGUUAUUAGUAUUUUUUUUGAUUUCAGUAUAGUACCAGAGAGUUUCCGCUGGUACAUAGCUCAUGAAAAGGUUGACAAAGCAAAAGACAUCGUCAAAUCAAUAGCCAAGUACAACCGCAAUAAUACUUUUAACACGGACACUUCUCUUGGAAGGCCCGAAUCGUCAGCCAAACAGCGAUAUACGUUACUAAACCUGUUUCAAACAUGGGUACUGGCAAAAAUAACACUGUUGUCAAUGCUUAAUUGGAUAGCAUUAGGCGUCGUUGGAUACGGCUUAUCAUUUGGGAUACAGACACUCUCAGGAGACUUAUACUUUAAUCUUUUCCUGUUUAGUUUAACCAGUAUUCCUUCCAAAGCAAUCGGCAUGUGGCUUACUAAUAGACUUGGUCGCAAGAAAGCCACAGGCAUUUGUUUUAUCAUUGUGGGUAUAACAGGUAUUACAGGUGGUGUUUUGCAAACAUUAGAUGCCAAAUACAAAGAGACACUGACCACUGUUCUAGCUAUUACGGCAAACGCGAGUAUAAUGGCGGCAUGGGGAACUGUGCAGACAAUGACAGUAGAGCUGUAUCCAACUGUAAUCAGGUAG